CUUAGUGACGUCUGUGAUUCUAAGUGCUGCUCCCAUCAAUUUGAAUAUCCCGGGCCCAGCCACCCCGCCUUGCGCAUUUGAGGGGUCUCUUAGACUUAGUAGUGCCCUCCCGUAUGGACUCUUGAUGUUCUUCGAGAUAGUUCUCAUGUCCACCACUGCAUUUUUGAGAUAUCGACACUAUCUGGGUUCCCAUAGUGUGCUGGUGAAGAGUAUUUAUCGUGAUGGACUACUCUACAUGUUCUGCAUCACAAUGAUAUCUACAGUCAAUGUGAUAGUUAUCGCUGUGUUGCCUCUCUCGUACAGCGAAAUACUAAACACACCUCAGAUUGUUGCGCACAGUGUUCUUGCUUCUCGAAUACUGUUCAAUCUUCAAAUAAGCAAGGAAUUACCGCUCUUGCUCACCUACCGAUCGACGACUUCAAUGGAAUUGCUAUCCCGUUCACACGAAUUCGAAGCGCGGCCUGGAGGCAGUGUGACAGCUAGCCAGCCAGAUGAAGCUUAGUCCUGCUGGUAGUUCUUCUUUUUUUAAACAACAAACA